GUCGAAGUAUCACCAUCAACCUUCAAAAGUGGGUCCUCGUUCGGAUUCUAGAUAUCAUGUCGGCAUCGUUAGCACCAGAAUGCAACCAAGUCAAAGAGCAGUACGACAACUGCUUCUUGAAGUGGUACAGUGAAAAGUUCCUUCGCGGCACUGCGACCUCCGAUGAGUGCGAGUCUUUGUUCAAGCAGUACGAGCAAUGUCUAUCCAAAGCUUUGAAAGCUCGGGGAAUCGACAGCAUGCUCAGGGAGGCGCGGGAAGAUAACCGGGAAAAUGAUGCUGAACAUAUGAGACCGAAACCGUGAAAAUAGCACAAAUCUAGUCAAAUAUGGCACUCCUAAGGUUCUCAACCCCGAAAACAUACCGGAGAUAAUUGAUGUCGAUACAGCUGGAAGUUAUCUUAUUUUCCUCAAGACUCUGCAUUCGUUCUACAUUAACAGUGGGUUGUACUCUAUUUAUAUACACUUUCGAAAGAAACAAAGACUCUUACUUCCUUUC